AUGUCGAAAAGAAAAAGAAAAGUAUUUGAUAUAGAAGAAAAGGCUCAUAUAAUUUGGCGUUUAGAAAGUGGAGAAACUAAUAACGGUAUUGCUAAAGAAUAUGCUGUAUCACAUUCGACAAUUUCCACGAUUUGGAAGGAUAAGGAGCGGAUAAAAAAGACGUUUGAAGAAAACAACUUGAAGAUUAAACGAGCCAGAACAACUGAACACAACGAUAUUGAUCAAGCAUUGCUAAAAUGGUUUAAACAUCAAAGGUCUAAUAAUAUACCUAUCAGUGGACCUAUUUUACAAGAGAAGGCAAACGAUUUUGCCCGUCAAUUAGGUAAAGAGAAUUUCAAGUGUAGUUCUUCGUGGGUGCAACGUUUUCGUCUUCGACACAGCAUAGUUAGUGGAAAAAUCAGUGGUGAAGCGGCUGAUGUGCCUAUUGGAACCAAAGAAGAGUGGUUGUCACAAAAGUGGCCUAUUUUGUGUCAAGGUUAUAAACCAGAAGACAUUUUCAACGCAGGUGAAUUGGGCUUAUUUUAUAAUAUGACUCCUGAUAAAACGCUCAAGUUUAAAGGUGAUAACUGUACAGGUGUAAAACUAUCUAAAACGAGAAUUACUGUUAUGGCUGCUGCAAAUAUGACAGGAUCAUAUUAUGAAAACAAUAAUAAAUCGUGGAUGACAUCAAAAAUUUUCGAAAAAUGGCUCCGGAAUUGGGAUUCUCAAUUACAAUUGCAAAAGAGAAAAAUUCUUCUUGUGGUAGAUAAUUGUCCUGCACAUUGCUUAGUUGAAAAUUUAGAAUAUAUCAAGGUCGUAUUUUUACCGCCUAACGUAACGUCUGUUUUGCAACCUUUGGACAACUACUACAGCCACGCUGGAUUUAUAGAUCCUUCUGUAUGUACUCUUAUUGAAAAAGAUGAAAUUUCACCAGCAAGUGAAAAAGAUAACGUGUCUCUACUGCUGUUAGGACAAGCACUUACGCCACCUCUGACAGCUUUGGAUGUUGAAGAAUUCCUCCAGGUAGACAACAACAUAGCAGUCUGUUCAUCACUAAGUGAUCAGGAAAUUUUAGAAGAGAUUAAAAACCAGGACACGGUGAUCGAGGACUACGACGAACUAGAAAAUGAAGAAGAAAACUUUGUAAUACCGACAAUCAGUGGAGCACUAUCUGCUAUUACAGUCUUACAAAAAUUUGUGCUUGGAAAAGAGGAAUAUUGUUUAAGCAAUAAUAAUGAAUUGUUGAAUAAAAUGUCUCAGCAAAUUCAGCAGUACUACGCACAGUUUCACUUUCUGGUUCCAAAAGACGGGAAAACUCUCAGGAAGCGGGUACUCGUCCUGACCGGACACGCGGCUGAAAAUAAACUUAAAGCUAAAGGACUCUGGUGA